CUAAGGUUCAAGUACCUCGCUGCAAUGUUGGAACUUAUUUUUCAUCUGAUAUUUUAUUUAUUGCAUUCAAAUUGAUGUUUGUAGCAACAAAUCCGGUCAGUGUACAAGUCCGCUCUGUGAAUUUUUAUAGUUAACGACAUGGCACAAGCGUCAUUAGAAAAUGAUGUUUUUCGUUCUUAUUUAUUUUAUUGUUCAAUUCUAGUUCUUAAAAUGAUGGUUAUGUCGAUUUUUACUUCUUCGCAAAGAAUUAAAUAUGGGGCAUUUGUUAAUCCAGAAGAUGUGAAAGCAUUUAAGCUGAAACCUAAAACAGAUGAGAAUGUAGAACGAGUUAGGAGGGCACAUUUGAAUGACAUCGAAAAUAUUCCAUUAUUCUUUGUUAGCGCUUGGUUGUACAUCUUAACAAAUCCAGUUGCAUUCGUCGCUAAAACUUUAUUUUUGAUAUACACCAUAGCAAGGAUUGUACACACUAUUGUUUACGCAGUUUUCCCCCUUCCACAACCCGCUAGGGGAAUAUCUUGGGGUAUUGGAUUUGGAAUCACUGGAUAUAUGGCAGCUAUCAGCUUCCUCCAGUUCAGAUAAACAUUUAAUUAACCAAUAUAAUUUACUUUGGGUGUAUAAUUUUGAAUGUGUAAAUAAAAUAACAUUGUGACUUACUGAAA